AUGGUGGCUCAACUUUAUCAGCUGUUAGGGGGCGCCCUCUUUUUUUUCAUUGCCUCGUCGUUGUUUCGACCCGGAUCAUUGCGGCGUCUUGCGAUUGCUUGCGGUUCUGGCUGUGCCUUAGGAUAUGGGCUAACAGCUCUAAAUAACAUGCGAAAACAUUCCUUUACAGCUCUGAAUGAGCCAAUCCGCUUGAACGCACCCUCCGCAGAUUUCCGUACUAUGUAUGAGCAUAUUUUUGAGCAUAUUUCAGAUCAUUAUGAUGAACUUGGUCAGCUGGAGGUCGGGGAGGAGCAUCUGACCGUUAUGCAGAACGUUUUUGCUCAGAUAGGGACUCUCGAUGUUGACGGCAUUAGAAAGAUGUGGACCUCAGUGGUUAUACCCCAACUACGUAGCUCUAUGAAUGGUGAAUCUCUAUCUAACUAUAUUGAAAAUUCAUCUUUAAAACUUGAGGAAAACACCGUUUUUUGUGAUAUAGGAAGUGGUGUGGGGAACGUUUGUCUUCAAAUUUUGGCCGAGACUCGUUGCAAAAAAGUUGUGGGGGUAGAGGUAAUUCCUUCGAGGUGUCGUAGUGCAGUGCUUGCGCUUGCAAAUGCAAAGAAUUAUUAUCCCGAGCAUUUUGCUGGCAAGGAUGCCGUUUUCCUUAACGAUGACCUUGUGAACUGUGUCUCACGCUUAACGGAAGAACGGGUAAACGUGAUAUUUGCCCAUUCCUGGAUGUUUGAUGAUGACCUAAUGCUGAAGUUAACGGAACUAGUCACUUCUGUGCCAACAGUGCUGUGUGUCGUGACGUCACGCAGACUUGCAGAGACGGCUCUGCAGAGUAGCCCACUUAAGCUCGUUUCACAAGUUCAUCUGACGGCCGAUUGGAAUGAGCAGGCCCCCUUCUACGUGUACAGCAAAAACCCAGCAAAGUGA